AUGAAGUUCAGCACAAUUCUCUCCGCUCUUGGGCUAGUCGCCUCUGCCAGCGCCGCUUCGCUGCAGCAGGUCACGAACUUUGGCUCAAAUCCCAGCGGCGUCAAGAUGUACAUCUAUGUUCCCGACAAGCUGGCGGCGAACCCUCCCGUGGUUGUGGCCAUCCACUACUGCACAGGUACCGCUCAAGCCUACUACAACAACAGCCCCUACAAGACACUCGCAGAUCAGAAGGGCUUCAUCGUCAUUUACCCCGAGUCACCAUACUCGGGAACCUGUUGGGAUGUCUCCUCAAAGGCAACUCUCACCCACAACGGAGGAGCUAACAGCAACUCCAUCGCCAACAUGGUCUCAUACACUCUCAGCAAGUACAACGGCAACAAGUCGAAGGUCUUUGUCACCGGCUCUUCAUCCGGCGCCAUGAUGACUAACGUCCUGGCCGCGACGUACCCCGACGUCUUCGCCGCUGGCAUCGUCUACAACGGCGUCCCAGCCGGUUGCUUUUACACCGGUACGGUCAACGGCUGGAACAGCACCUGCUCUUCGGGCCAAUCGAUUGCCACGCCGGCACGCUGGGCCCAAUGGGUCUACGACGCCUACCCCGGCUACACGGGGUCCCGCCCCCGCAUGCAGAUUUACCACGGCAGCACCGACACCACGCUCAACUACGCCAACUACCAGGAGACCAUCAAGCAGUGGUCUGGCGUCUUUGGAUACAACCCGGACAAACCUGUCACUUCCUCUCAGAACACCCCUAUUGCCAACUAUCGCACUGAUGUGUUUGGUGAUCACCUGACGGGUGUUUGGGCUGUUGGCGUUGGACACACUGUGCCCAUCCGGGGUGACGAUGACAUGAAGUUCUUCGGCCUGUAG